AGUCAGCCUGGGAUCUACUGGGGUCUAUAAAAGUCAGUGAGCCACCAAGCUGCUCCAUCCUACCUCCAUCCUCACCUAGACCUCUCUCGCUCUCUCUCCUAGGAGCCGAAAUCCCUCACCAUGUGCGACGACGAGGAAACCACCGCGCUGGUCUGUGACAACGGUUCUGGCCUGGUAAAGGCCGGCUUUGCCGGUGAUGACGCUCCCAGGGCUGUCUUUCCUUCCAUCGUGGGCCGACCCAGACACCAGGGAGUAAUGGUUGGUAUGGGUCAGAAAGACGCCUAUGUAGGAGAUGAGGCCCAAAGCAAGAGAGGUAUCCUGACUCUAAAAUACCCAAUUGAACAUGGCAUCAUCACAAACUGGGAUGAUAUGGAGAAGAUCUGGCAUCAUACUUUCUACAAUGAGCUGCGUGUGGCCCCUGAGGAACAUCCUACACUGCUCACUGAAGCCCCCCUCAACCCCAAGGCUAACCGGGAGAAGAUGACCCAAAUCAUGUUUGAGACCUUCAAUGUACCUGCUAUGUAUGUUGCGAUCCAGGCUGUGCUGUCCCUGUACGCCUCCGGCCGCACCACUGGUAUCGUCCUGGACUCUGGUGAUGGUGUAACCCAUAACGUGCCUAUCUAUGAAGGCUAUGCCCUCCCUCAUGCUAUCAUGCGUCUGGACUUGGCUGGCCGCGACCUGACAGAUUACCUGAUGAAGAUUCUCACUGAGCGCGGUUACUCCUUUGUCACCACCGCUGAACGUGAGAUUGUCCGUGACAUCAAAGAGAAACUUUGCUACGUGGCUCUGGACUUUGAGAAUGAAAUGGCAACUGCAGCAUCAUCCUCUUCCCUGGAGAAAAGCUAUGAACUUCCAGAUGGCCAGGUCAUCACCAUUGGCAACGAGCGUUUCCGCUGCCCCGAGACCCUCUUCCAGCCAUCCUUCAUUGGUAUGGAAUCUGCUGGAAUCCAUGAGACUACCUACAACAGCAUCAUGAAGUGUGACAUUGACAUUCGUAAGGAUCUUUAUGCCAACAAUGUACUGUCUGGAGGUACCACCAUGUACCCUGGUAUUGCUGACCGCAUGCAGAAGGAAAUCACUGCCCUCGCCCCCAGCACCAUGAAGAUUAAGAUCAUUGCCCCCCCAGAGCGUAAAUACUCUGUUUGGAUUGGAGGCUCUAUCUUAGCUUCUCUGUCCACCUUCCAGCAGAUGUGGAUCAGCAAACAGGAAUAUGAUGAGGCUGGUCCUUCCAUUGUCCACAGGAAAUGCUUCUAAAGAAUCUCAGUCCCGCCCAGUAAUCAAAGGCAGUGAGUUUUUUGGACAAAGGCAAUCCAUCUCUUGUCCUCUGGAGGUUUUUUUUACUGUGCUUAAUGCUCUAACCUACAGUGCACUUGACAGUGUUCCACCUAGACCUGGCUUCCAAUCGAGACACUUUGAGAAGAGGGUCAGACUGCUCCUCGUCGAGUCUACCCUGGACUGAGGUGUACCCCAGUCUGUCAGUGUUCAUUGUUUACGAAUCUUAAUCAACAGUCAACAGAACUAAGCACUGCCCUAAACAAUAUCUUAACACUCCUCUGUAAAUGUCUGUCCCUUUAAUUGUUUUGUUCAAGUCCCUGUUUUGUUAUUUAUGAACAUUAUUUGUGUUCUCGUGAAUAAAAAAACAGAUGAUCCUCUGA